AAAAAAGCUAGCGGUGGUGGCGCAUGAACUAAAUCAGGAGUGUAUAUACCCCUAACACCCCUAACGAUAAAACACUAAACAGUAUCGUAAGGUUACCUUGGUACCCUCGGCAACGGCCCUUCUUUGAUAUAAACAAACUCAAGGCAUUAAAUUGCUUUCACAGGGGACAAAGUGAUACUGUUCAAUAUUUUGUAGUCUUUAUUAUUGGACUCGUUCUUACAGUUAAUAAUUAAUUAACCAACGCCAUGACUUCGUUAGAUUUGAGAUUGCAAAAAUUGGAACAACAGCGUCAACUUCUGGCUGAAAAAAUGAAACAGAAACGACAAAGUGGAGCUGGAGGAAUGGUGCAAGCAUCGAACACAUCUUCUGCUCACAAAAUUCAUUCGACAAAGUGGUUAACUCCCAUGAAACAAUCGCAGGCCUGUGAUGGACAGCAAUCACAUAAUAUUUCAUCAGUCAGUCAAAAUAAUGCAUCAGGAGUUAAAGGAAAAAAUAUGGCAGGAUUUGAUGGUGAAUUACAUGACGAUGGAGAUCUCUUCAACGAUUGUAUGGCAACUAUGGGAGACUGUGUUGAUGAGGAAUCAUCGCCUUUGGAUACACGAUUAGCAGUGCCACACGAAUCUCUCUCCUAUCAGUUACAUUCCCCCCUGCCAAUAGUACCUUUUGAUGGUUGUGAUACUAUUAUCGUAAAUCGAGAAAUCCAGUCCAAUAGUCCUGAAUUGGAGGGCAAUGUUGAAGGAAAUAUUGAAAAUUUUGUUCUUCAACCAGCCAAUAAAAAAAUGCAUUUCAAAUGUCGAAUUACUCGUGAUAGAAAGGGAAUGGAUCGUGGUUUGUAUCCAACCUAUUUUCUGCAUCUAGAACGUGAUUAUGGGAAAAAAAUUUUUCUACUUGCCGGAAGAAAACGAAAAAAAAGUACAACAAGUAAUUACUUGAUAUCAACUGAUCCGACUGAUUUAUCUCGUGGCGCUGAGUCUUACGUUGGAAAAUUGCGUUCCAAUCUUUUGGGAACUCAAUUUACUAUUUAUGACAAUGGAUACUCUCUGAUGAAACAAAAUAAACGAGAUGAUCGUUCAACUCCACGUCAAGAAUUAGCUGCGGUAGUUUAUGAUACUAAUGUACUUGGAUUCAAAGGACCUCGUAAAAUGACUGUUAUUAUUCCUGGAAUGACUGCUGAUCAACAAAGAAUACCCAUCUGUCCGCGUGAUGAAUCUGAAACAUUACUCGAGUGCUGGAAAAUGAAAAAUAUGGAUAAUUUAAUUGAACUGCAUAACAAAACACCUGUGUGGAAUGAUGACACUCAAUCUUAUGUACUCAAUUUUCAUGGUCGCGUUACACAAGCAUCUGUUAAAAAUUUUCAAGUGGUUCACGACAGCGAUACGGAUUAUGUUGUUAUGCAAUUUGGCCGGGUAGCAGAGGAUGUUUUCACCAUGGACUAUCGAUUUCCACUUUGUGCUCUCCAAGCCUUUGCUAUUGCUCUGAGUAGUUUUGAUGGGAAACUUGCUUGCGAAUGAAAUUAAUGUGAAAGAUAACAAUGCCACUUAUAAAAUGAGUUAUUAAUGAGAAGGAAAGGAAAUUAUAGGAAAUAAUAUGCAAUUGGGCUAUAUAAAUAGCACGUCUUGUGUUCAAGUCAUAAUAUGAUAACUGGAGGAUAUUAAAUUUUUUUUUCAGUCUUCAUUUAUCCUACUAGUGUGUGGAAUUUUCAUUCAAUAGUGCAUUGAAAAGUAAUUCACUCGGUAAUGGUGUAAUUUCCUUUACUAUUGAUCUCAAAGUGUGACUUUUUCAAUGACUCACUUAACAAUAAUUUACUUUUUUCACAUUACAAAUUGUUCAUAUACUCUAGAUACGAGUGCAUACCAACAAUACAGUAUUAUAUCUAUAUAGAAAUAAAGCAUGAUAAUUA